UGGAAAUGUUCGCCAAUCGUGCCGCCCUCAACGACCUAUUUCCUUUUUCUCUCUCUCUACAUUUCUCUCUUUCUAUAUAUAUAUCAACCAUAUAUAUAUAUAUAUAUUCUGGUUUACUCUCUCUCUCUUUCUAGUUUCUCUCACUAGAAAAUCAGCAAACAAUGGUUUCUGGUUCUACAAUGAUCUCGUUAUAUAUACAACCAUAUAUACUCUGGUGACUCUCUUUCUCUUUCUAGUUUCUCUCACUGAAAAAUCAGCAAUCAAUGGCGUCUGGUUCUACAGUGAGGUCGUCUCAGAGGUCUGAGAGACAACACAUACCUCAUGGACCUACCUCUGUUUCCAGAAAUGUCGGUGGACAGCUAUCUGUUCGCUCCAGAGUCCCUGCUUCCAGGCGCUCCGUAACCCCGAAUUCACGAGCUCACACUAAUCACGACGACCCAGAAGCGGAAAGAGUUAGAGUUGCUGUCAGACUUAGACCAAGAAAUGCUGAAGAUCUUCUUUCAGAUGCCGAUUUUGCCGAUUUUGUUGAACUACAACCAGAGCUGAAAAGGUUGAACUUGAAAAAAAAUAAUUGGAGUUCCGAGUCUUAUCGAUUUGAUGAAGUAUUUACAGAGAGUGCUUCUCAAAGGCGCAUUUAUGAAGUGGUAGCGAAACCUGUAGUCGAGAGUGUCUUAAGUGGAUAUAAUGGGACAGUUAUGGCUUACGGUCAAACAGGUACUGGCAAGACUUACACAGUUGGAAGACUAGGCAAAGACGAUGCAUCUGAGCGUGGUAUCAUGGUUAGAGCUUUAGAAGAUAUAAUUGCCAACACGUCUCAUGCAUCUGAUAGUGUGGAAGUAUCCUAUUUGCAGUUGUAUAUGGAAUCUAUACAAGAUUUGCUUGCACCAGAAAAGAUUAAUAUCCCAAUAGUUGAGGACCCUAGGACUGGGGAAGUGUCAUUGCCUGGUGCCACAGUAGUUAAAAUUCGAAAUCUUGAUCACUUUCUACAACUACUGCAAACUGGUGAGACAAACCGCCAUGCGGCAAAUACAAAGCUGAAUACAGAAUCUUCUCGUAGUCAUGCAAUACUUAUGGUUUCUGUUAGGAGAUCUGUCCAUGAGAAAGACGAAAAUGAUAUAUCUUACCAAGAAAAAGACAUCAGAAGUGAUUUUCCAGGUGGUCAUGGCAUACCUACUGUUCGAAAAAGCAAGCUACUGAUAGUGGAUCUUGCGGGAUCUGAGAGACUAGAUAAAUCUGGCAGUGAAGGUCAUUUGGUCGAAGAAGCAAAAUUUAUCAAUCUUUCUCUUACUUCCCUUGGAAAAUGUAUAAAUGCAUUGGCCGAAAACAGUCCUCACAUACCUACUAGAGAUUCUAAACUAACGAGACUGCUCCGUGAUUCAUUUGGAGGCUCAGCGAGGACCUCGCUUAUAAUAACAGUUGGGCCAUCUUCUAGACAUCAUGGAGAAACCACAAGCACCAUAAUGUUUGGACAACGGGCCAUGAAAGUUGUGAACAUGAUGAAGCUUAAGGAAGAAUUUGAUUACGAAAGUUUAUGCCGGAAGCUUGAAAACCAGGUGGACCAUCUCACUACAGAGAUUGAUAGACAACAAAAGCUGAGGGAAAAUGACAAAAGUGAAAUGGAAAGAAGGCUUAGAGAAUGUCAAAAUUCCUUAGUUGAAGCAGAAAAGAAUUUCACUGCAAGGUCUGAGUUUUGGGAGAAGGAGAAUACUCGUUUGGAAACUGAGAUGAAAGAUAUAUUGAACGAAUUGGAUCGUCAGAAAGAUCAUAAUGAUUUAAUGAAUGAUGAGGUUGCACACCUAAAAAUGAGUUUAAAACACAGUAAGCAACACCAGCUUGAAAGUUCUGCAUAUCAGAAAGUACUUGCAGAUACCACUCAAAUGUAUGAAAAGAAAAUAGCAGAGUUGAUGAAGCAAUUAGAAGAUCAUCAUACUCGCUCUGAAAGUGCUGAAAACCAAGUGGAUACGAUGAAGAAAUUAUUGAAUGAUCAUAAAAAAUCAAUGCAGCAAUAUCAGAUGGAAAAUUCUACGUAUCAGAAUGCUCUUGCAGACACCACUCAGAUGUAUGAGAAGAAAAUAGCAGAGUUAGUUCAGCAACAAGAGGAUCAGCAUGUCCAUUUUAAAGAUGUUGAAGAACAACUUGAUACCAUAAAGAAGCUCCUAAAUGAUCAUCAAAACUCAAACCAGAUUCAAGGCCAAAAAGAGAUUGAUGAGCUUAAGUUGAAACUACAAGAAAUGCAUAAGCUGUGCGAAAUGACUGAGAAUGAACAUCUAUCUUUGAAAUCAGAAUAUAAGGGUCUGUUAUCAGAGAAGGCAAAAUUGAAUGAGGAACUUCUUUCUGUGAGGCAAACCCUUCUAGUUGAGGAGAAACAGAGGAAAUCAAUUGAAAAUGAGCUCCUUAAAUUGAAGAAGCUUGAGCCUGAAAGUGAUGAUCACUUUGAGGACAAGAAAUCAUAUAUGAAAGAAAAUAUAGAUAAAGGUUCAGCAUCUGGAACCCCAGUGGGUUUACAUCAAUCAAACCACUCAAGGGAGAAAAAUUAUGUUCAGAAGGCCACUAUUGCAAAAUUAUGUGAAGAAGUUGGGCUUCAAAAGAUAUUAGCACUAUUAGCAUCUGAGGAUUUAGAUGUCCAAACCCAAGCUGUGAAGGUGGUAGCCAAUCUUGCUGCUGAAGAGAUUAAUCAAGAAAAGAUUGUGGAAGAAGGGGGUCUAGAUGCGCUGCUCAUGCUAUUACAAUCAUCCCAGAGUACAACUGUGCUUAGGGUGGCCUCCGGAGCUAUUGCCAAUUUGGCAAUGAAUGAGAUGAAUCAAGGCCUAAUAAUGUGUAAAGGAGGUGCGAGACUAUUAGCAAGUACAGCAUCCAAAACAGAUGAUCCCCAAACUUUACGAAUGGUAGCUGGGGCAAUUGCAAAUUUGUGCGGAAAUGAAAGGUUACAUGUGAUGCUUAGAGAAGAUGGAGGCAUCAAGGCACUCUUGGAAAUGGUUAGAUUUGGUAAUAGUGAUGUCAUCGCGCAAGUUGCUAGGGGGAUAGCUAACUUUGCAAAAUGUGAAUCGCGAGGAACUAUUCAAGGACAUCGGAGAGGCCGUUCACUUUUAAUGGAGGAUGGCAUUCUUACAUGGUUGAUAGCAAACCCUAGUACUGCUUCAGCCUCAACUCGACGCCAUAUUGAGCUUGCUCUUUGUCAUUUAGCACAAAACCAGGACAAUGCCAAGGAUUUCGUAUCCAGUGGAGGGGUGAAGGAACUUGAACGAAUAUCAGUUGAGUCAACUAGAGAAGAUAUCCGUAACUUGGCGAAGAAAACAUUGAAAUUGAGUCCAUUAUUUCAAGCUGAGAUGCAUGCAGAAGGAAACUAAAAUGUAUAGAACUGCUACCAUCCAUUCUUUUUUUCUCAGAAAUUUUCUCGGUAUAGCACUAUGCAAUGUACAGAAAAUCAAAAACUCGGAGUAAAACCACAAAGGAAUCCCUAAACAGCUCACCUUUAUAUGGGAAAGGGAAGAACAACAAAAGGCCAUAUGAGUUGUGCUUGUGUACCCAUUAGUAACUACAAAUAUAUAUAUAUACUUGAGAAAUUUAUUUAUUUGUAUUCUCAGUUUCUGUUAUCUUUUCUACCUGAAAUGUAAGAACUAAGAACCUUGUGAGAUCAAUGCAGUCAAUUUGUUUUGAGGA